GAUCGCGCAUUGGCUGCGACAGUUCUUUCCGGUGGGUUGCGCCGCGCUCUGUUCGAGGUUCCGGGUCCAGGAUGGGUCCUGGCUGUCGACGUGGCGGCGGAGGGAGGGAGCGGCGCCGAGGAGGGAGCGACGGCGACGGCGGGAGCAGCGCGCGCGCCGACAGAUAUGAUUGACGAUGUCUGAAGCAGAAGAUAACACCAAGGAUGAUAUUUCAGCUGCAGUGGAAAAUGUAUCAAUUGAAGAUGGGUCCAAUGCACCAAAUGGAAGUAGCACAAGAAUUUCAACUGAUGUCACAUCUUCUCAGUUGAGUGAUUCCUUGGAGUAUGACCCUAGUCAUGUGCCAGUUGACGAUAGGAGCUCAAACCAUCAAGAAACUAUACCCGAGGCUGGGGCUGUGGAUGAACAAAAACAGAGUGGUCUAGAAGAAGCAACUAUAUCAAAAGAUCCAUUGUCCACUGAAGAAGCAUUUAAGAUCAUAUCCACUGAGAAUAAUGAGGUUAUAAGUCUUGACCCAGAAUCCAGCAGACAUCAGAUAUUGGAUACACAUACAUCAGCAGAGGAAAGUGUCACUGAGGUUUCACUUUCUAAUAAAAGUACCUGGGGAUCCUGGGGAGCUUGGGGAAAAUCACUUAUCUCCACAGCUACAGCAACUGUUGGUCAUGGACUGAACACUGUGAAGGAAAAGGCAGAAGCAUCCCUCAAAAUACAUAGUGGUGCCCCAGCUUCUGAAGAGAGGAAACUAGCUGAGUCAGAUGAAGUUGCCUUAGCAUCAGAUACACAAGAAGAAGCACAUUCUGCAGAUGUGACACACUCUUAUCCCACAGCUGGAUCUCGUGGCAUGUUAUCAACCAUUUCUAAUGUUGUUCACAGCACGGGUAAAACUGUAAUCACGGGUGGCUUGGAUGCAUUAGAAUUUAUUGGCAAGAAAACCAUGAAUGUCCUUGCAGAAAGUGAUCCUGGCUUCAAGAAAACAAAGAUAUUAAUAAAUCGAACUGCCACCUUGUCCCAGAUGUUAAGGGAAGCAAAAGAAAAAGAAAAACAACGACUUUCUUGUCAAAUUACUGUAGAGAAGACGGCUCUUGGGAUGUUGUUUGAUGACUUCCAAGGUCUUUCUCAUUUAGAAGCUUUGGAAAUUCUAUCUAAUGAAAGUGAAAUAAAAGUUCAAUCAACCUUGAUGUCCCUCACAGGAGAAGAAUUGGAGACCAUGAAAACAGAUCUUAUAAGUAUUAAAGAGGUCUUCUUAUUGAAAGAAUUAAAUACAGAAGAAAAAGAACAGAAGGAUGAUGAAGAGUUUGUGAACGUGCUAACUGAGCUACUAUUUGAGUUGCAUGUGGCUGCUACUCCGGACAAGCUCAACAAGGCAAGAAGAAAAGCUUAUGAUUGGGUGGAAGAGACCAAUUCUACUCUUGCAGCAGAAGCUGAAAAAAAGUGUACAGAAGCAAAUGAUGAAGAAGAGAAUAAACAGGAUGAAAAACAAAAACAUGGGGAAAUUCAAAAAGGCAAAAUACAAACAGAGGACGUCUUGAUGUUAUCCAUUGAGAGUCUGGCCGAAGUAACAGCACGCUGCAUUGAACAACUCCAUAAGGUGGCUGAAUUAAUCCUCCAUGGACAGGAUAUCGAGAAAUCAGCAUUGGAUCAGGCUAAAGUCCUCACUGCAUUAACGUUUGCUAUGUGUAAGGAAGUGUCUUCUCUUUCUCAGAAAUUUGUUUCCUGUUUAACUCAAGCAGGGGCUAAAAUGAAAGCAGAGGUUCUAAAUCCACAGAUAAACACUAUUUUGCUGGAGGGCUCCAACAGUGCCACCUACAUCCGAAGUGCAUUUCAGUUACUGCUUCCAAUUCUUCAGAUUUGCCACAUACAGUCCAGUAUCACCAAAGCAGCCAAAUAAGAUGGGAAAUUGUGGAAUCACCUUUCCAUUCCAUGAUAUGAGAUUAAGUUUUAAAUGUUCAAACAGCCUAUAGCAAAGUUGACAGAAAACUAAUUCUAUUCUAAGGGGAAAUUACACUAAGACUGUACAAAAUAAAACACUAAUUUUUGAAGACCAACUGAAACACUAAUUGCUUUAAUUGUUGAAAAAGCUGAGGUAACAGUAAAAUAGUGCUUUGUGUUGUACCUUUUUUUUUUAAAAGCAAUGAUCAUUGCGAUGCAUGAAUCGGAUUUCCCAACUUGUGUUUUAUACCUCCAUGUGGUGCAACUUCUGCAUUACUUUUAGUGUUUGAAAUUUUUUUUAAUUUCAAAUUGUAUUUUUUCCAAAUUUAGCAAACUACAAAUUGUAACAUUUAAAUCACACAAAUGAUACAGAAAUAUAGGCUUACACUCACAGCACCAACUGCACUUUUCUCAAGUCAGAAGUACAAGACACUAGCAUAUUUUAUUAAUACUAUGUUUACUUCAACACACAGGUUUAAUCUUUAAUAUUAUUGAGUAAUGUUUUGACCAGAACAAGAAUACAACAAUGUCAUUUAUAACAUUUCAAGAAAUUCACUGCAAUACUUCAGAAGCUUGUAUGAAUAAUAUAGGAAAGUUUUUUUAUUGCAGUACAUUUUGUAAUUAAAAUAUUUUAUUACUAGUUUCUGCAAAAUAGGAAUUAAAACACUUUCUUUUGAUACCUUUUUAAGCACAGAAUUUCUGUAGGGUUUGUCCCAAUCUCUCACUAAUUUCAAUGGGAGAGUGGCAUCAUUUGAUGUAAAAGCAGCAGUUUCUCCAGGGUCUCUGCCAAUCUUGCAAAGAAAUUAUGAAAAGAGAUUGCUCCAGUUCUUGUAAUUUUUGUUUUAAUUUUUGUACUUAAACGAGGCAUUCUGAUCUUGUCCUAUCCUGAGGAUCAAAUUACUAUCUUAUCAAAGUUCUGGUAUUUGUGAUUGGAAUUUAUCUAGAUUAAGUUGAGAAGUCAACAGGAGAGAAAUGGUUGAAGAGCUGGUGUUUUUCAUGAUCUUACUUUUUAAUUUAACAAUAAUAAAACAAAAUGUGUAGUUCAUUAGGCCUUUAUUUUCUUAAUAGGUAAAUAAACUUUCAUCUAAUUCUUUUUACCUUGUCAUAUUAAGUGUGUGAAAUAUCUAGCCCUUUUUUCUAACUUCAUGGGUAUUAAUCUGAGCUUGGUUGGUGCUUGAUGAUACCAGCAGUAGAAGUAUCCAUAAAGAAAGUUCAGGAACCUCUUGUUCUAAUCUGUUUUGUCCAAAGGUUUUAAUGCAAGCCUGAACUCCAUCAUGGGCUCAAAUAUUAAGGUGGUGUAAUAGAAUCAGUCAAAAAGGUCCCAACUUCGCUUGUCAGCUCUUGAGCAGAAAGGGUGCUACCAUUGUCUUCGUCUUGGAGCACUGAAGGCAGAAUCUCCCUGGGCUUAUACAUGCAAUCACUAUUCAGUAAAUCCUGCCAAAGAUUCCAUUCAGGAUGUGAUCAGCUUUGGUAGUAAUGUUGCAUAUUAAUAAAUAGCCAGCCAUCAUUGCUAUCAAGGUGUUAGAAAUUACUGUUAUGGCAAGGUAAUAAAGAUUAACCAGUAUGCAGGAAACCAUAUCCCAGCAGCCUAAAUUCCAUCAGAAUUAAUGAAGGAGCAGUAUUUUAUAUUAUAAUGUCCUUGAUCAAGUCUUGUCAAUUGAUGUGCAAUUAGUAAUGAAUUUGUUAAUGGCAUAGAUUGCUUUCAAAAUACAAAAUAUUUAAUUAAUGACAAAACAAUUCAAAUGUUACGAUUUGUAAAUGAUAUCAUAUUCCAGUAAAACACGUCUGGCUCUAAAGCAGCAGUAGAUAAUUAGACCUGCUGAUUUUGAAGUUUUACUUUCUCUUGAGUAGAAUAAAAACAAAUCAAAUAACAGUAUCAGAGCUUGAUCUGUACUUUUUUUUAAGAUUAAAGUAGUUUUCUAAUUGCAAACAUUGUUCUGAGUUUGAACUGCAUAAAAUGAAAAUGUAAUAUGUUUGUAAAUAAGGAACACAUUACUGGGAAAAUGUUACCAUCUAUUGCCAGUUACUUGUCACCAUAGAGUAGUGCUUGGUGAUGAUGCAAACGGUGGCCACUGAUUUUAUGUGCAAUGAAACUGGUUGGGAAAGGGAAUCUAAAGAUCAACGUUUUUGAUGAUAGUUGUCAGACAUUGGAUGCUAUAGGUCAAGCCAGCAGAAAAUUUCUGCACAGACUGGUUAAUCCAUGUGGUAGACCUGCCAGUGCAACACUUAAUUAAAAGAAUGCCAGACACCCUCUCCAAGAGAGGUGAGCCCAGGCUGAGAUGGAGUGGAUAUUGAAUCCUGUGGUCUCCAACACUGCUGCUGCUACUAAAGCCAUUUCUCCUCUACUACCCUAUCCAGCACUCCACCCACUUCCCAAAAUCCCUCACUGCAACUCCCUGUCCACUGCUGCCUCCGCUGUCCAAGCCAAUAGAAUUGGGACUGGAUCAUUGUAGGUCUGGAUUGUCCUGAUCAAAUAGUGACAGAUGAUCACAUUGGGGAAGUAGCACCUUGUGUAGCAGGAAUGACAUUUCUCGAGCUGGACAAAGCAAAGCACUCAUCCAAAGCCUAGCCUGUUGGACUUGUUAACCUGAAAGAUGCAAUGGAUUUUUCCAAUCAUUGGAAUGAACGUAGACACAUAAUCAUUGGUUUCACAGCACAAAGUUAGGAAUAAAAAAAGUUACCCUUUAAACCAUCUGUAAUUGUUGCAAGACCAGCAGUGAAAAACAUGCAUCAGCAUUAUACCCAGCACAUAGACAACUUUCAAAGAACAAGUAUGUUUAUUGCUUUAUACAUGGUGACAAGGUACACACUUCUGAGAUGUUUUGUGUUUUGCAAGAAAUUUUUUUUCAGUCACAAUUUGAGAUAAAAUGCAUGCUUUAUUGUCUAUUUAUUCAGUGUUCCUCUUCUCCAGUGUCACUACCUAUGCCAUCCUACAGAGGGCAGUCAAAUUCAACAUUGUAACCAGCUCUUUGCAAAAUGGAAAAUUUAACCACAUGAAUGGCCUUUUUCACUUUAAUAAAUAUUUUCUUCUGUAA